UUAUUGAAACAUAAUGGACACACUAUAACCUGCCUGUAUUUAGAGUACACAACUUGAUUUUUUGGGUUUUGUCCCGCCCUGAUUUGUUCUGAUGCACAGACACAGUCAAAUGAUGAACAGAGCAGCCAACAUCCCAAGCGCUCAGGCCCUCCCUGCCCCGAGGCCUCCCUCCCCCAUCAACUGCCAACUGCCGUCUACUACUUAAUUCUUGAGUGUCCACCCUCUUGCCAGCUACCAGCAAUAACAGUGCGAUCCUUGAUUCAGCCCCAUCUCUGACAUCCUGAAAACGCUGUUCUUAGAUGUCAUGAGGAUGUGGCCUGCUCUCCUGUGGCCGUAUGGGGCUCUGGGCUUGGGAGCUGUCUCUGUGGCUUCCAGCCAACAACUCCUGCCUCUAACUCUGCCACAUCAACUGCCACCCUGUGACAUUUCCAUUUGUCACUGCGGAUCACUGGUCCUCAACUGGGAGUGAUGCGUAAACAUUUGAGGCCUUUGCCUUGUUAUCAUGGGAGUGGGGGUGCUACUGGCAUCAUCUAGAGUUUAGGGGCCAGAGAGGUGACUGAGUGUCCCAAGAUGUCAACUGUGGCAAGGUUGGGAAACUGUUCUGGAAGAAGCUGGAAAACUCCUCAAGAAAUUGCAGUGGUGACUGUCUUCUCUGUACGGGGCAGAGAAACAGCAGCAGGCUUGUUGGAGCUGCAGGUCAUGGAGCUUACUGGUUCAGGAAGAUUCAGGGAGGCUCAGGUGGCUCCAUCCAACUCUACCAGAGGCAGGCUCAGCUUCCUGGGGACAAGCCCUUAGGAAUGUCGCAUUGGGCAGGUGCUCCUGAAUGGCAGGUAAGACUCCACCUGAAGCAUUUAUUAGGUGUCUGAUUGUGAUGGCACUGGCUGUCUGCUGCUGCCAAGGUGGAAGACAUGAGUUGGUGAAAGGAAGCCAUUCAACCUAGAAGUGACAGCCAGGGCCGGGGUGGGAGUACUAUGGUCAGUGCACACCUGCCCAAUACAUAGCAAAAUGAGAAGGGCUGGCCAUGUCGGGAUCGGGUCCCAACACAACCCAAUAUGUCACCAACAAAUCACUUCUAGCAGCUAGCUCCUCCCCCCACCCACAGACACAGCUUGCCUGUCAUAUAAAGGAAGUUUUCCCAAAGUGGUUCAGCCAGAACUGAAAGGGCCCUGCCCUGUGCUGGGCUGCAGCGUGACCUGACUGGGGGAGGAAGGGUAGCCUCAGUCAGCGUGGACCCCAGGGUCCUGGGGCUCACGGGUGAAGUGUGGGUGUGCUCUGUGCACCCCUGCAGGUCGGGAAGGCUUUGCUGUUGCCUUGUGGGACUUUUUGUAGAUGUUCCUGGAAAUGCAGGCGUGGAUGCUGCGUACACUUUGAUUAAAACCAGGUGCGGGAACUGCUGCUGAAGGCUUUGUUCAAGGUACCGAAGUGGGGAAGAGGCUGGAGAGAGCCGGCAGCCCUCAUCCUACCCUCUAGCCCUGCCCAUCUCAGCCCCAUGCCCCCACCAGUCAGUCCCGGGCCACAGGCAGUAAACAGCAGGCACGAGGGAGCCGAGGCCCUGUGACCAGGUCCAGGAGGCAGGAGCUCCACAGUCGGCCACCUGCCCCCCAUGGAGCUGAGGCCCUGGUUGCUAUGGGUGGUAGCAGCAGCAGGAGCCUUGGUCCUGCUGGCCGCUGAUGCCCGUGGCCAGAAGAUCUUCACCAACACGUGGGCUGUGCACAUCCCUGGAGGCCUGGCCGUGGCUGAUAGUGUGGCACGAAAGCAUGGGUUCCACAACCUGGGCCAGAUCUUCGAUGACUAUUACCACUUCUGGCAUCGAGCAGUGACAAAGCGGUCCCUGUCACCUCACCGCUCUCGGCAUAACCGUCUGCAGAGGGAGCCACAAGUUCGGUGGCUGGAGCAGCAGGUGGCGAAGCGACGGACCAAACGGGACGUGUACCAGGAACCCACAGACCCUAAGUUUCCCCAGCAGUGGUACCUGUCUGGCAUCACCCAGCGGGACCUGAAUGUGAAGGAGGCCUGGGCGCAGGGCUAUACGGGGCGUGGCAUUGUGGUCUCCAUCCUGGAUGAUGGCAUCGAGAAGAACCACCCAGACUUGGCAGGCAACUAUGAUCCUGGGGCCAGUUUUGAUGUCAAUGACCAAGAUCCUGACCCCCAGCCUCGGUACACGCAGAUGAAUGACAAUAGGCAUGGCACACGGUGCGCUGGUGAAGUGGCUGCUGUGGCCAACAAUGGUGUCUGUGGUGUGGGUGUGGCCUACAACGCCCGCAUUGGAGGGGUACGCAUGUUGGAUGGUGAGGUGACAGAUGCAGUAGAGGCACGCUCGCUGGGCCUGAACCCCAACCACAUCCAUAUCUACAGUGCCAGCUGGGGCCCUGAGGAUGACGGCAAGACCGUGGACGGGCCGGCCCGCUUGGCCGAGGAGGCCUUCUUCCGGGGGGUGAGCCAGGGCCGCGGGGGGCUGGGCUCCAUCUUUGUCUGGGCCUCAGGGAACGGGGGCCGGGAACAUGACAGCUGCAACUGUGACGGCUACACCAACAGCAUCUACACGCUGUCCAUCAGCAGUGCCACACAGUUCGGCAACGUGCCCUGGUACAGCGAGGCCUGCUCAUCCACGCUGGCCACCACCUACAGCAGUGGCAACCAGAAUGAGAAGCAGAUCGUCACCACUGACUUGAGGCAGAAGUGCACGGAGUCUCACACAGGCACCUCAGCUUCUGCCCCCUUGGCAGCUGGCAUCAUUGCUCUCACUCUGGAGGCCAAUAAGAACCUCACCUGGCGGGACAUGCAGCACCUGGUGGUCCGCACCUCAAAGCCAGCGCAUCUCAAUGCCAAUGACUGGGCCACCAAUGGUGUAGGCCGCAAAGUGAGCCAUUCCUAUGGUUAUGGGCUCUUGGAUGCAGGCGCCAUGGUGGCCCUGGCCCAGAACUGGACCACAGUGGCCCCCCAGCGGAAGUGCGUUAUUGACAUCCUCACGGAGCCCAGAGACAUUGGCAAGCGGCUGGAGGUGCGCAAGACGGUGACUGCGUGCCUGGGUGAACCCACUCACAUCACCCGGCUGGAGCAUGCUCAGGCGCGGCUCACCCUGUCCUACAACCGCCGCGGUGACCUGGCCAUCCACCUGGUCAGCCCCAUGGGCACCCGCUCCACCCUUCUGGCUGCCAGGCCACACGACUAUUCUGCAGAUGGGUUUAAUGACUGGGCCUUCAUGACGACCCAUUCUUGGGAUGAGGACCCAUCUGGCGAGUGGGUCCUGGAGGUUGAAAACACCAGUGAGGCCAACAACUAUGGAACACUGACCAAGUUCACUCUCAUACUAUACGGCACAGCCCCUGAGGGCCUCCCUACAUCUCCUGAGAGCAGCGGCUGCAAGACCCUCACGUCCAGCCAGGCCUGCGUAGUGUGUGAAGAAGGGUUCUCCUUGCACCAGAAAACCUGUGUCCAGCACUGUCCACCAGGCUUCACACCUGAAGUCCUUGACACCCACUACAGCACCGAGAAUGACGUUGAGACCAUCCGGGCCAGUGUCUGUGCUCCCUGCCACCCAUCCUGUGCCACGUGCCAGGGCCCAGCCCCCACAGACUGCCUCAGCUGCCCCAGCCAUGCCUCCCUGGAUCCUGUGGAGCAGACGUGCUCCCGGCAGAGCCAGAGCAGCAGAGAGUCCCCGCCAGAACAGCCACCGCAGCUCCCGAGUCUUACCCAAGAGAUGGAGGCUGAGCCGAGGCCUGUAGCUGGCCUGCUACCCUCACAUCUGCCUGAGGUGAUAGCCGGCCUCAGCUGCGCCUUCAUCGUGCUGGUCUUUGUCACCGUCUUCCUGGUCCUGCAGUUGCGCUCGGGCUUCAGUUUCCGGGGGGUGAAGGUGUACACGAUGGACCGUGGCCUCAUCUCCUACAAGGGACUGCCCCCCGAGGCCUGGCAGGAGGAGUGCCCGUCUGACUCAGAGGAGGAUGAGGGCCGGGGCGAGAGGACCGCCUUUAUCAAAGACCAGAGCGCCCUUUGAUGAGCCCACCGCCAGCCCCCUCCAGCCCUCUCCAGCCCAUCCUCUCCUUGGGCACUUUUUAAUUCACCAAAGUAUUUUUUUAUCUUGGGACUGGGCUUGGACCCAGUUAGAGGGGCAGAGGGGCAGAGACUGCUUCCCACCCACCUUUGGGCCCACCUGGCUGCUGAGCUGGGCCCAGGUCAGCUGGAGAGCAGGGGAGGGUCUCUCCUUCCCUUCCCCCUCAUGGGAGGACGGAGCCACACCUGAGGGGUAGCUGGCAGGGGCAGCUAGCUGAGGCUGAGCUGAGGCCGGGGCCUGCAGAGGUCCUGUGGAGGGAAGGGCAGCCCUUCUGUGAAUUCCACGCCUGGUGCAGCUCCUGCACCUCCUGUCCCUCUAAAGCAAUAAUGGUCCCCAUCCAGGUGGCAGGGAAGCUGGCCUCGGAGGGAUUUACAGGAGGUGGCCACUUCUCCAAGGGCUUUUGCAUCCCUGACACUGUCCCACACCUCUGGUGACCUUCAGCAGAAAUAGUGAUCACAGGAAGGGACCAAGUGAGGCAGGUUCUUCCAGAUGUGUACCGGUGGCGGUGUCCCAUCACUCUGCCCUCCUCUGUGCCCCAGCCUCCACUGGGCCAGGCCACGCUGGGCAGGCCUGAAAUGGUAGCCUGCCUACCCUGUACUCUCCAGCACCCUUCCCUCCUCCAGGGCCCAAGCCCCUGUUUUCUGAGCCCCGGGCCACCUGGGCUGUUGGCACUCACAGUCCCGGAGCCCCUGGGUGGGUGGUGGGGAGGGACGGUGGCCAGCCCGGCCCCUCCCGCCUCUCACCCAAUGCUGCUUUCCCCUGUGGGGAUCUCAGGAGCUGUUUGAGGAUAUAUUUUCACUUUGUGAUGAUUUCACUUUAGAUGCUGAUGAUUUUUUUUUUUUUUGUAUUUGUAAUGGGGGUAGCAGCUGGACCACUCACCUUCACCCCCACUGCCCACUCUGCUCUCCCCAGCUGCCCAGCCCUGAGGCGGAGGGGGCUGCAGUGUGCUGCUGAGGCCCAAGUGCUGAGGGCCAGGCCAAUGGGGUGGGCUCCAGGAAAGGGGGUCACGGCAGGAGGGGCAGGCGGACAUCUGUUUAAAACAGGGCUUGUGGGUCACCAGUUUUCCAAGUCCAGGGGUGGCACCAAGCUCCCUCAAACACUGUGCCCUGACAGAGCACUGACCUGCCAUGCCCCCCCAAACCCCUCUUCUGACGUGCCUUUUGCACCCCUCCCAUAGGACAAUCAGCCCCCUUCCCCCCAGGAACCCCUUUUUAUUUUUCUCCCCAGUCCUUUGGGGUCCCCGGCCACCUGCCCAGGGGUGCCCCCUCUUCCAUACCCUCUGUGGCCAUCCCAGCUGUUUUUGUAAGAUUCUGGGUUGGUGCACAGUGGUUUUUUUCCUUGUAAUUUAAAAAGGCCCAGCAUUGUUGGUUCUAUUUAAUGGACACGAGAUAAUGUUAGAGGUUUUAAAGUGAUUAAACGUGCAGACUAUGCAAACCA